AGCUAUAUUAUCGUCCUCACGAUUUUCUCGUUUAAGCUCACGCGGUUGAUCGCACGUGACAGUGUAAACAAACAACAGAGCUCUUGCGCAGCAAGUCGUAGACUUCUGUUCGUCUUUGAGAUUUCCAAGAUGCAUCUGUGGAGAUACAAGUUAUCCUUGAGAGGCUACAGAGCCAUGAUUUUACAGCACAUGAUUUUCUGCCUUCUCCUGAUACACAGAGGGCAGCCUCUCAUUGUCGUUCCAUUGCGGGCAGUCAUGGCCACAGCUGGGGAAGAGGUUGUUUUGCCGUGCCACAUUAAACCAGAAAUGGAUGCUAAUGGGAUGAGGCUGGAGUGGGCGAGACCUGACCUGACGCCCGGGUUUGUUUACGAGUGGGCAGACCAAAAAGAACAUGUAGUGAACAAACAGCCGUCAUACAGAGGAAGGACAUCAGUGGUUAAGGAAAAACUGGAACAUGGAGACAUUUCACUGAAAAUCUCAAAUGUGACCAUCUCUGAUGAGGGAAUAUACAGAUGCCUUGUUCCACAAGUGGGUCAAGAGGCCUUCAUUAAGCUCAUUGUUGGUGCUGUGUCCUUUCCUACAGUCACUGUAAUAAGCAAAACCAGCAGCAGGGUGGUGUUACAGUGUGAGUCUGCAGGCUGGUAUCCAGAGCCUGAGCUGCUGUGGUUGGACGGUGAGGGAAACCUCCUCUCUGCUGGACCUACAGAGACCCUCAGAGGUCCUGAUGACCUCUAUACUGUCAGCAGCAGAGUGACUGUGGAGAAGAGACACAGCAACAACAUCACCUGCAGAGUCCAACAGAGGAACACCAACCAGAGCAGAGAGACACACAAACAUGUUCCAGUCCCGUCCUGGUAUUUGAAAUUGGUCUUGGUUCCGGGCUUACUCGCUGUGUUGGUGUCUGUUCUGUUGACCAUUCACAGAUGGCGACUGAGGAUUCCUGAACAUGCUGAAAAAGAGGCGAUGAUCAAGAAUCCAGAUGUGUAAUUACCACAAGGAACAGCUUUGAUAGAAAACCACACAACUCCAAAGGGGCAAGAACUUCAGAUCAUGUAAGAUCAGGAAGUGGAGCUUCUGACAUGUCUGGAGGAAGCAGGAGAGCAGCUGAAGAAUGUACACAUUUUAAUGACAGGAAGACAAGCUUUGAGAAAGAGCUUAUGUGAAUACAAUGACUGUUAUUGUCAAUAUUCCUGAGCAAAUCACCUGUGCUUAAACAGUCUUCAGCGUGGCUUUAGUCUCUCAGUCUGGACCUGGAGUCUGGAUUUCUAAAUGGCGAUAACUGAAACGAGCCCUCAGUUCAUCUGUACAAAUUGGUUGUUACAUUUCUUACUGUGUUAGAGGACCUCCAUCAUCUGUAGUGUCGUCCAUGACUGUUUCACAACCUUAAAUGUACCAAUGAUGAAAAAGGCUCUUUGACUUCCAGGGAGUACCUAUGAAAGAAAUCUUUACCCAUCCUAAACUGCAUAAAUUGUAGUUGUGAAUGUUCACUAUUGUACAUGGGAAAGUUUCACAUAACGAGGUCAUGUAAUCUCUGUGAACCGAAAGCUUCAUUCUGCUCUAGACACUCACUUUUAUUCCGUUAUAGAGAGUGGAUAUCCUCAAUAUUUCCAUGCAGUUCUGACCGUGAGCACAAAAGAUCCCCUCACCACUCAAAUCUUAAGUUUAUGAGGGAAACCGAUCAGACAAAAGUUGGGUUAUAGGGAGAGGUGCUAAGAAAAGUCAGACAAACUGAAGUGUCAAACUCAGGAUUAAAAAGAAUUAUUUUGAACUGUGAACCAUGCAGAGCUGCUUAGGAGUCCAAGAAUAAAAAAUAUUGUAUUGGAAACGAGCAGAAUAUGAUUCAUUUCAGUGCAAUAUUGUAACUGUGAAAACAAAGGAGUAGUACUUCUCUGGUUGUAGAUGCACCAUUUCAGGAAGACGCUACUUUGGGUCUUAUCUGAAGUCAGAGACUGACAAUCCUAGACUAGUCUAUUUUCGUUUAUAAUGGUUUAUUGUGAGCAGUGAGUCUCAGGAUUGGACUGUUUCCUCAACCAUAAUACAGAAAGUAAACAAAAUCCCUGUAGAAACCUCAAAAGACCCAAACUAUUUUAACUUCCUCUAGGCAACCAAAGAAUGGCUUCUUAUUUCUAACCUAGAGUUGAUGACUGUCACAUUCAUCAGCUGUUAAA